AGAGGAGUGGAGAGCAAAAACUUUUUUUGUUCUUACCCCUUCCCCCUCCCUCCAUCCCCCUCUCCAUCCAAGCGGCGAUCAUGGAUGCGCAGACGCCCGGGAGUCGUGCACUGAGGCAGGGGAGAGCAGGGCAUGGCGGCGUUAACCAACUUGGGGGUGUUUUCGUAAAUGGCCGACCUCUUCCAGAUGUUGUGCGACAGCGAAUAGUUGAACUUGCCCACACAGGCGUGCGUCCCUGUGACAUCUCCCGCCAGCUACGCGUCAGCCAUGGGUGUGUCAGCAAGAUACUGGGCAGAUACUACGAAACAGGCAGUAUUCGCCCGGGUGUCAUCGGGGGAUCCAAACCAAAGGUUGCUACACCAAAAGUGGUCGACAAGAUUGCCGAUUACAAACGCCAAAACCCCACCAUGUUUGCCUGGGAGAUCCGGGACAGGCUCCUGGCCGAGAGAGUGUGUGACAACGACAGCGUGCCCAGUGUCAGCUCCAUCAACAGGAUCAUUCGGACCAAGGUUCAGCAGCCGCCGGGCCAAACAGUAGCGGCUCACAAUUUAGCGACAUCAGUGGCGGCUACACAGGUCUCUGCGGUGACCAGUGAUUCUGCCGGCUCUUCGUACUCCAUCAGCGGCAUUCUGGGUAUCAGCUCAGCUGCUGAUGUUGGGAAAAGGAAGCGAGAUGAAGGUUUGCAGGAGUCGCCACUGGCCAAUGGGCACAGCCACAGUGGGCGGGACUUCCUCAGGAAGCAGAUGAGAGGGGAGCUGUUCUCGCCGCAGCAGAUCGAGGUAUUGGACCGCCUGUUUGACAGACAGCCAUCCUGUCCAAUCCAAUCCAGCUCUGACCUCUAUGCGAGCCCAGACCCUGGCAAGACAUCGGAUUACCCCUCGAUGGCAUCGCUAGCCAGUGGACUGGACGAGAUGAAGAACAAUCUGGCCAAUCCCAGCACCGGGGCAGAAUUAGGAGCCAGUGUGGCCGGCCCACAGUCCUAUUCACUAGUUCCAGGGCGAGACCUCGCCAGCACCACUUUGCCGGGCUACCCUCCUCACGUUCCCCCCACGGGGCAGGGCAGCUACUCUACCCCCUCCCUCACUGGCAUGGUCCCAGGAGGAGAUUUCUCUGGAAGCCCCUAUUCCCAUCCUCAGUAUUCCACAUAUAAUGAAUCUUGGAGAUUUCCCAACCCGAGUUUAUUAGUGUUUCAGCAAGAUUACGGUUCUCUCUUGGGUACGGAAAUCGGCUGCUCCUCCAGUCUCUUCACCAGCCAGGCGGGACAGAUGCAAGGGUCACCGUACUACUACAGUGCAACAUCACGUGGGGCGGGACCCGGCGCCACGGCCACAGCCUCGGCAUACGACCGCCACUGACCGCACCUGCUGAGAAGAGGUUGCCACAUUUAAAGGAGGGAGGGAAAGGAUAGCACCAGCACUGCUCAGUUCAACAUGCCUGCCCAAGUGCGCGGACCUCUUCAAUUUUGACAAUGGGGAUUCUUUUGGGACUGCCACUGAAAGUGACCUACGCACUGCAAGCCUGUAAAAUGUUACUGUGAGGACACACAUUGAUGCAGUGCGACAGGUAGGCACCAUUAAUCCACUCCAUGCCCUUUUUUUGCAACUUUUGAGGACUCUUCUACAACAUAAAACGUGGCUGUGUUUGUUUCCGACCACUAACAAAUCCAAGAGACUACGCGAGCUACGAUUAAAUGUGUUGUGACAUUGUGGGCUGGUUGCUUUGUGUAUGACGGUCGUUGUUUUUUUCCUUUUUCUGAAUACAAAGUGUGGCCCGGCUAGAGCAAAAUCAGACCACGCUUUUUUAAAACCAGCGGUCAAUCAAUUCAAAGUUCUAUGCCAUGUUACGGUAAAGACAAUCCAACUUGCAUAACUUUAAAUGACCAAACAUUUUCAAUGCCAUCCUCUUGGAUUUACAACAGGGGUGGGGAACCUACAGCCAGUUGGCCAUAUCUAAAGCUCGAAGAUAUCUGCAGUUGCAUAUAAUUCAUCCAGCCAUCCAUCCAUUUUGUAUACUGCAUUUCAUCAUUAGGAUCAAUAGGUGAGCUGGAGCCUAUCCCUGUUGUUUUUGGGUGAGAGGCAGCCACUAAAAAUACAGCAACAUUGUCAAACUCUUAUUGCAGGCCAUGUAAUGUUUGCCGAUUUUCAAAGUCAUAUAAAUGUAUAAUCACCUAAUUAUUUCGUAACUCCACUUUUUUCAAAGGGACGGACAACCACCUGGUAUAAAUGACAUUCAUAAGAAAAUUGGUUGCUCAAAGUACAGUGGUACCUCUACAUAUGAAGUUAAUUCGUUCAAGGACCUUGUUUGUAAGUCGAAAUGGUCGUAUGUUGAGCAGGACUUUCCCAUAGGAAUACAUUAUAAUUCCAUUAAUUCGUUUCACAGCCCAAAAACAUAAACUAAAUUCUUAAUAAAUACUGAUGGUACUAUUACAAAUAGCAAUUACGUAUAGCAAAACAAAUAAAUUAUAAAUAAAAAUCGGAAUAAUAUAAUAAUAACAAUAAUUCCUGUAAUAAUGUAACGAAUCGGGUUCUAAUGUGGCAGACGUUUUUUUGCUGUACCUGAACGCACCGCGUGGCUGACGUGACAGAGAGAGGGAGCGGUGAGCUUAAGUUUACUUUCAUUUUCAAUGUUUUCUUGAGAACCGUCAACUGCGGUUUUUGUUGGAUAAGUUGUGAAAUAAAUGAUAAAAACGUGACGAAGCUGGCGAUUUCUUUGGCGAUGUUACCACAAUAAUAACUGUCACCAGUGGUGUUACCAGGAUGCCAGGUGUGGGUGGGCAAAAAAAAAAAAAAAAAAAAAAUCUACAAUGCUCAAGUAGGUCGAAAUCCAGCGUAG